GCUCGGCAGCAGCAGUGCAGCGCUGACCAGGAACCCAAUUGGAAGUUUGAGCUACGACUUCAUAGUCCAAUUUGGAAAAGGAUUACCAUAACCCCCGAACGCACCAGCACCAACUUCAGCAACACCCACCCACACAACAUAGCCAACAUGUUCUUCAAAUUGCUUUUCGCUACCUUCGUGGUUCUGGCGGUGGCGAAGCCGCAGCACCAACCUGCUGCCCAGUAUCCGGCUGGCGUGAAUCCCCAGGACUGCCCCAACUUCCCCAUCUGUGAUAAUGCCCGCCUGCACAAUCCCACACCCCAGUGGGGAGCCCCGCAGCCGCAGUGGAACCCGCAGCCGCAGCCACAGUGGAACCCCCAACCGCAGUGGCAGCAGCCUCAGCAGCAAUGGAACCCCCAGCCACAGCCCCAGUGGCAGCCCCAGCCUUCGUGGAAUGCGGCUCCUGCUCCUUCCGCCGGUGGCGACAAGUACCCGGCGGGCAUCAACCCGCAGACCUGCCCCAACUAUCCGUACUGCGACGUGAACGCCGGACACGCCGGUGCCCCGGUGGCUGCUCCCCCGCUGCCCGGAUGGACGGAGCGCCUCUAUCCCGCCGGAGUCUCGCCGCACCAGUGCCCCAACUUCCCGUACUGCAACUAGGCUUCCUCCAGCCUCCUCUAACACUUCGCCUAUCCCCAGUUCUCAAUUAGUGGACAUUAAUUUGAAAUUCUUUGUUGUUGGCGCCGAAAUAAAUGCAAAAUGUUGGUCAAAGAAA